AUGGAAUUCAAUUCUGAAAAAAAUGUUAGUAUUGCAGGUAUCAGAAAGAAAACAAGGAAAGCAGUCAGGCCGGGAGUUGGUGAGAGUAACAUAGGUAUAGGGAGUACAUCGAUUUCCAGGCCCUCUUUAGUGGGGAUAGAAAAACAAAGGCAUGAGGAGUCCAAUUUAAGUUCAAUAUUUUCUAAAAGAACAACUAAUUUGAAAGUAGAAAGAAAGAGUGAGCCUGGUGAUGAAAACAGGGUUGUCUCGUUAGGUCUAAAUAUAAGUUCUAUGGGAUUGAAUAAUAGAAAUAAAGAUAUUGAUGGAAAGAGUUCAAUACUAAAGAAGAGCUUUAAAGAGGAUAUGAUAGAACAGACGAUAGUAGUGGCUAAGGAAGAUGUUGAAAAGCAAGCUGAGCUAAACUCGGGUUUGAAUUGCCCAUUCUUGGUUGGAUCUGGUUCAGAAGCUUCCUAUGAAAGAAGCAACGACAUAAAAACAGUAUUAAGAAAGAAUAAAUAUGAUUCGAGGGUGGAUUAUGGGUAUAACUAUGGCGAAGACAUGGUUUCUUUAAAAGAUUUGAUUUCUGGUACAAAUGAUGAAAGUAUGGGAAUGUUUUCUACAACACACGAUGUUGAGGAGCUCUCCAAAUGGUUUUCAAAAAUGGUUAGCAUAUUUGAAACUUUUGGUUUGAACAUUCAAGGCAAUUUAGAAAAGUUAGAACAAGAUUUGGAGGCUGAUACCAAGGAUCUUCGGAAUUUUAGCGUUGAUUUUGAGGAGACAGGAAUUGGAAACAAUGAGUUGGUGAAUGAGAAUAAUACACAAUAUGACCCAAUAAAGAUAUCAGAAAGGUACUCAGAGCUGAUUAGUUUAAAAAAUAAGUUAUUAGAAGAACUUUCUAAUGUAGAGAAUGAAAUCAUGCUUGAAGAAAUGAGGAUUAAAAAAGAGGAAAGCGAAAGGAGAAUUCGGAUUGAAGAAUACAAAAACACAAGAGAAAUAUAUAAGGACGAGCUUUCAAGUUUAACAAUAAUAAUUUGUUGGAUUGAGGAUUGUUUACAAAACUUUGUAUACCCCAUACAAAAAAAACAAAGUGAAUACAAAAUGGAAAUUUCUAGAGAAAGCGAGAUUCUCAAACUAAUUCAAGAAGAAAUCUACAAGAUUGAAAAACAGGAAAAAGUAGUCCUUGAAAAGUUGCGAGAAAUACAAGAGAUCAAGAGAUACAAAGGGGAGGAGAAAGAGAUACUAGAAGAACAAAUUAGACUUUCUCAAGCCUCCAAAUCUGACAAGAUCAAGAAUGCAAACUUCAAGGAAGCUUCCAUGAUUUCACAAACAAUCCAAGUCCUCCAGAAGGAAGUUCUGGAGCUUGAAGACAGCUAUUCUAACGUACUGCACCAAGAAAAGGAAUUUAUGGAAAAGAUUGAGAGGAUUAGGAAAAGUCACCAGGAUGAGACCAACAGAAUGGAUGCUUGCAAACACGAAAUUCUCUUAAAUAGAAAACAGAGAAGGCAACAACUAAAGCUGAAAGUAGAGCAACUCAAAGAGUGUAAAUUUUCCCUUAAUAGCGAAGCAAUUUCAGAGAACAUGUCAAUUAUACUGAACUCAUUAUCUGAAAAGUUUUAUAGUCAAAUCCACUCCGUUUUAAGCUUUGAAAUUAGCCUUAUGAAUAAACAAGAUCUAGAAGAUGAGAGAGAACAUGGAAUUAGGGAAAUACAAACUCAAAAUGGAGGUAACGAGACAACCGAAACAACCGAAACAACCGAAACAGCUGAGACUAUUUCCUUGUUGGAAAACCAAAAACUUCAAGCUACCAGUGACUCUGAAUCUGAGUCAAAAUCUAAGCCUACAUUAAACAAAGAAAGCCCGCCAACUGACAAAAAUGUGAGUGCCCCCGAAGACUAUCAUCAACCUAAAAUCCAGCCAAACGAACAAAUUCCGCAAUUUAAAGAUAGUGAUUGCAGUUUUAGUGAUAGUUACAAUGAUGAUAAAAGUGGACUCGAUGGUAAAGACCACGAUUCUCAAGUUGUAAGCUGUGAUUUAGUUGAUACUUAUAACACACAUAAUGCUGAGCAAAUUGAUUCAAACCUAGAUCAGACAACCAAACUAGAAAGUAACAAUUCCAAAAAAGAGUUUGGGGAUGAUGAUGUCAAUUGA